UGCCCCUCAUCUUUUCAGUGCCUCAUCUUUCAGUACCUCAUAUUUCAGCACCUCAUAUUUCAGUACCUCAUAUUCAGUACCUAAAGUACCUCUAUCGAUAACAUAACUGUUAUGUAUAGAGGAUAAACUAGAUCCAAGUGUUAUUUUAUCUUCUAUCGUUCCCUUGGUGUCUCUAAAUUUAAACUUUCUACUGUGCUUAUAAGUUUAUUGUCGACGCGACACCUAAGCGAAGCCUCACUCUUUUUUCCUUCUUAGUUUUCGCGUAAGAUUGCAGUCUCGAAUUCAGAUUUUAGGUCCAGUAGUCGGGGAAGAGCAUGCGGUGACAGUGAAAGCUCAGAUUACCCGGCCGACGAGAAAUUUAUAUCUUAGGUAUAAAAUCACAAACACAUGGAGAUGCCCAUAAACAACCACAUCCACAUACGCCUUUAUGCGAACCGGUGACGUGACUCCAUAAGUCAAGAUGGCGGAGGACGACGUUCGUGAAGUCGAACUAUCUACGAUAGCAGCCAUAUAUCCCGAGCUGCAAAUCGACGAAAAUGACCCUUAUAAGGUCUCGAUAGAACUGCCUGUGAGCUUGGCAAGUCCUGUAACCGUACUCUUCCCAGCUGCGACCGAAGGCGCACCUCCAGUCGAGCCGGUACAGGAACAACUUCCAGUAGUAGCAGCCGUAGAUUCACAUGCCUUGUCAAAUCUACCAUCACUGCAGGUCCACAUAGAGCUUCCAGAAGGAUAUCCCCUGGAGAAGCCCCCCAGAGUCGAUAUUUCGACUUCCCCUCCUUGGCUGUCAGGGGACAUCUUGCGCAAACUUGAAACCGACGUGGUAGAUCUGUGGAAAGAUAUCGGACGCGAUCAAGUUAUAUUUACGUACAUCGACAAUCUACAACAAGCUUCCGAAAACAUAUUCGGGUUAGUCGACAAUAAAGGACGUUUAGAAGUUGGACCGGAACACAAGAUAGCGAUUCUUGACUACGAUAUCAAGGCGAAGCAGAGGGCUUUCGACAAGGAGACAUUUGAGUGUGGUAUCUGUCUAGAUCCCAAAAAGGGGAGUGUUUGCCACAAAAUGCUCGACUGCGGACAUGUAUUCUGCGUACAGUGCUUACAAGACUUUUAUAACAAUGCUAUUAAGGAGGGCGAUAUAGCUUCUAUACAAUGUCUCGAACCAAACUGUGCCAAGGAACGGGAGGAUGCUGUUAAAGGCUCUGCUAAAAAGAAGAAAGCUAAGACCUCCAUCAAUCCCAGCGAGCUCUUACAAAUUUCACUAGAGCGUGAAAUGGUCAUGCGCUAUGCCAUGCUCAAACACAAAAACGAACUCGAGUCGGAUAAGAACACCGUAUAUUGUCCUCGUUCGUGGUGUCAAGGUGCGGCCCGAUCAAAGAAGCAUAAGAAGCCCGAAGGGCUUGAAUUUGUCGAAGCAUCUGACGAGGAGUCCGAUGCAGAGAGUGACGCAAAGGAUGAUGCGAAGACGAAGGAUUCGGAUCAAGAUGUACUUGCUAUCUGCGAGGACUGUGGGUUCGCUUUCUGUGCUCGUUGUGGGCAGUCAUGGCAUGGCCCAUUCAAGUAUUGUGUACCGAAAGAAAGGAAGGACGAGAUCACGGAGGAGGAACAGGCGUCCCUAGAGUAUCUGAAGAUGCACACAACUCCGUGUCCUACCUGCGCCGCUCCGUGUCAGAAGACACACGGCUGCAACCAUAUGCGUUGCUUCAGGUGCCAGACACACUUCUGCUACCUUUGCUCUGCUUGGCUCGACCCUUCUAAUCCGUAUCGACACUUCAACGUUCAACCUUCAGGUAAGGUAAACGGUUGUUACAUGAGGCUAUGGGAGUUGGAGGGGGGAGAUGGCGGCGAUGUUGGAAUUGCAUUCGAGGGAAACGCGGUUAGGAACAGGGCCGUUGCUCCUGGCCAAUAUGGUCAACACUUAGAAAUUGUCCAACAGCGCAUUGAUAACGAUGCGGAUGACGAGCCUGACGAGGCUGAUGAAGCGCCAGUAGCGAUAGAACGCCAACAACCGCCAAGGGAUCAGCCUAAUGGAAGAGUCGCCGUGGCCCGUGAAGGACCGCUUGUACUCCGAAUCGAGGGCGACGCACCGCCGGCUCAGGACGUAGUGCGACGUCGUCAGCCCGGCAUUCCAAACCCCCAUAACGAAGCCCACGCCUUUAACGUGGGUCAACGAGGGGGCCGAGGAAAUAGGAGAGGUAGAGGCCCCGGGGUAAAUCGGCAAAACAACCGAAAUCGAGUUCAGGGGCAGAACCAACAAAUGAAUAACAACGGUCGCAACGGCCAGAAUGGGAUGAGGGAGGGCGAUGUGCUCCGCGGAGACGGCCAACUGGAUGCGAGAGAGGCGGCAUGGAUUCGCCAAUUCGUGCAGCUGGCACUUAACGACCAGGAAGAUCUGGUCGAGGACAGUGAUGACGACUAGACCGGGGAGCUUUGAUAGGCUCAAAUCGGCUCUAGGCAUCAAGCAUGCGAGGCACGAUAUUCCUAAGAUGGUAAUAGCACAGGCGCAGCGGUCAUUUCUCUUCGCGAAUUUGGCCACACAAUAGCUCGAGUGUAUCGAACUCCCGAAGGGAGGUUGACCAGAACCGGACGUUAGCUGGUAACGAAUGGGGCGCUAUGUUGCAUCUCUAGCGGCUUCCGGCAGCUGUCACGGGGGCGGGUUCUGCCUGGCACGUCUAACGAAUCGCUUCGUUCGUGCUAAAGUUACAGCGGGCAUGCUGAGAUAGGCAGAUCUCGCCGGCUCGCAAUGUUACGCCGAAGUAACAUUCUAGUAAUCUUUAAAACGACACCCUUGAAUUUAUCGGUUUUUUUUUAAAAAAAAAAAUGAAAAUAGCGUUUCGACGAACAACACUCCCCCCCCUCCCCUUCCCCUCCCUUAGCCCCUAGCGAGCUGAGCAACGGCUUGGAUAGAUAUAUCGACCAGGCAGAACUAACGCAUCAAACAGGGGCAAAGGGGGGUCAGAUAGCUAAUAAUAAAUAUGUCUAAUAUAGUAUAUAUUAUCGAAAUACCGUAAGCACUCAAAA